UCGCCGCUUUUUCAUUGUUCGCGGGAAGCUGGCCACUUCUGAAGGAAACCGCUAUCCCAGCAGGAGCUAUGACUCUUUUUCACCAUGUUGUUGAUCGGGGAGUUAUAAAAAGAAGAUGGAAUGGUCAGCGUCGGGACUAUCCGCUGUCCUCUCUGCUGGACGGAUACCAGUGCGGUCGACAGGAUGAACACAUUUCAUACGGAGCCUCAGCUGCUGCUGUGCCGCCGUUUGGAUGCACAUUUUCCUCUGCCCCUGGCCAACAGAACAGCCUUGCUGUUGCAAAUGAAGAAGGGUUUGUGACCAUCUUCAAUACUGGAGAAAAACAGAGUUCUGUCCUGAAAGAGUGGCAGGCACAUGAUAAUGCAGUUUUUGAUAUUGCCUGGGUUCCUGGUGCAAACAGCUUGGUAACAGCGUCUGGUGACCAAACGGCCCGUCUGUGGGAUGUUGUUACUGGUGACCUGCUGGGAACAUUUAAAGGACAUCAGUGCAGCCUUAAAUCUGUAGCGUUUUCCAAGCAAGAGAGAGCUGUUUUCAGCACUGGAGGCAGAGAUGGGAACAUAAUGAUUUGGGAUACAAGAUGCAGUAAAAAAGAUGGCUUCUACAGGCAAGUCAAACAGAUCACGUGUGCCCAUAUGAAACCUGAAAAAUACACACCUCAAAUAAAGAAGAGACGUGGGAUGGCGCCCCCUGUGGACUCCCAGCAGGGUGUGACAGUGGUUUUGUUCUGCGACGAGAGCAAACUCAUCUCUUCAGGAGCAGUAGAUGGGAUCAUUAAAAUGUGGGAUUUGCGGAAGAACUACACUGCAUACCACCCCAACCCCCUCCCUCUACAGGCCUAUCCUUACCCAGGCUCCUGCACACGCAAACUAGGUUAUUCUGGUCUGUCACUGGACUCCACUGGCUCCAGACUGUUCUCCAACUGCACAGAUGACAAUAUGUACAUGUUCAACAUCAGCGGUUUGAAAACAACUCCAGUUGCUGUUUUCAGUGGUCACAGUAACUCCUCAUUUUAUGUGAAGUCCAGUGUCAGCCCAGACGACCAGUUCCUGGCCAGUGGUUCGAGUGAUCAUCAUGCUUAUAUAUGGAAGAUUUCAGACCCAAAACGAGCUCCCAUGAUGCUUCAAGGCCAUAGCCAGGAAGUCACAUCAGUGGCCUGGUGCCCCACCGAUUUCACCAAGAUCGCUUCCUGCUCUGAUGACAACACUGUUAGGAUCUGGCGAUUGAACCGCAGACCAGAUGGAGAAAAUUCACUGAACCGAGAUCCAAACGUCGUAGGCUGGACACUUCGUAAAAUCCAGUCACCGACUAGAACACCUGACCCUUACAGCCCUGUUGAAGUCACUCCAGCCAAAAGUCCUGGCUCAGAGAGGGCUGUCUCUCUGGCUUCACCCCAGCCUGCUGCUUGUGCCCCUACAGGUGCUGAUUUACCCCUGCCAUCAAACACAUCUGCACCUUCGGCCAAAUUCAGCUGCAGUAGUUCCCCCGGUCACCGCGGUACAUCCCCUCUUCGUAAGGUGCUCACACCUGUCCUCCAGGGCCCCUGCUCUGAACGCCGAGCAAAGCGACGACUGGAAACGGGUGAUAGACCUGGUUUGGGAGAGGAGAGUUAUGGGGUGUCUGAAUUUUAUCCUGACGUAAAGAGGAGCAGGAGUUCGGUGAGCACACAGAACUGUCCAGAGGAGAAAGGUGACCUAUUUGGUUUGCAAACAGAGGCUCAGCUCAGCUCAGCUCGUCAGGUUGGCACUGGCAAAGAGAACAGCUCUCCGAGGAGGACUGAUUGGCUUUCUGUGAUCAGCCAGAGAUUUAAAGGAUCAGCUCAACCAAAAAGCCCCAACGGCGGCAGCAGCAGCAGCAAACGGCACGAUGCAAGAACACACAGCUCUUCAGCAGCAGUCUCACCAUGUCCCAUGAGAGUUGUCUCUCCACCACCAACCAAGAAAGCAUCACCCUCCAGACCCAUGAAAAAAAUCUCUAGCUACUUUGUGAAAAGAACCCAAGACUGAUCAUUGUGUGGCGAGAGAUUAGUGUGUCAAAUCAAUGACACAUCUGCGGUUUAAGUUCAGGUCUGGUUUUUUGAGACCAAGCUUAUGUAUUUAUGUAUGUGACGUGUAUAUAUAUUUUAAUCUAAUUGUUUUUAAAUAAGUUUCAAAAAGGGUCAAAUGGAUCAUUUUGGUAAACAUUACAAAACAAGAUGAAGUCAUUUGACAC